GUGCCCGAGGCGGGGGACGAGGGGGGUCCCGGUGUCCGGGUCUCUGCUCGGGGGCGGCGGUCGGGCUGUGCCGGCAGCGGCGGUGCGGGCGCCGGGAUGCUGCCCGCCGUGGCGGUGGCCGUGGCGGUGGCCGUGGCCGUGGUGGUGACCGUGGCCGUGGCGCUGCCCGCCGCCCCCGCGUUGCGGCACCGCCUGGCCCGGUCCGCGCUGCGCUGCGCCGCGGGCUGGUACCGGCGGCGGCUGGAGGUGCUGGGCAGCGAGGUGCGGCUCAGCCAGGAGCGGCGGCUGCGGCGGCUGCUGCCCCCCGGCACGGCCCGCGACUCGGAAGCUUUCCGGGAGCGACACCCCCUGGGGCAGAGCUGCCCCGACGGGGUGUCGGAGGGUCAGGUCACUUCGCUGCACCCCUGGGCUCUGCUCCGCAGCUGCUGGGGCACCAACCCCCCUCUGCAGGGGUCCCUGCUCUACCUGGAUGCCCUCCGCACCACCUUCCCGCAGUCACUGGCCCCCCGGGGCACGGCUCUGCUUUCCUGGACGCCUGGCCACCCCUGCACCCCGGCGGGCUGGCCCCUGCCCACCCUGUACUGCACCCCGGCUGAGGCAGGUGCUCUGCCUUCGCGCGCUGCUGCUCUGCGGGUGCAGCUGCUCUUCGCCCUGCAGGCACGUGCUCUGCGCGUGUUGGAGGUCGGGCUGGCUGCUGAGCUGCACGACGCGCUGGCAGCCCUGCACACCGGCUGGCCCGCGCUGGCCCAGGACCUGGCGCUGGGCAGGCUGAGCCCCCAGCCCGGGCUGCCUGAGGAUGCGCGGAGCCGGCUGCAGGCACUGCUGGUCCCCGAUGCCACCAGAGCGGCUGAGGUCCAGGCAGAGUGCACCCAUGGCUUUGAGGGCAUUGUGCAGCGCCUGUGGCCGCAGCUGGAGGUGGUGGUGGUGGGAACGGCGUAUGGAACAGAGCAGCUGUACUGCGAUGCCCUCCGCAAGGGCGACUGCAAGGGGCUGCCGUUCUACUGCCCGUUCUACCGGACGGCGGGAGCCCUGCUCGGUGUGAACCUGUGGCCAGAGGAGCCAGCACCCCGAUUCCUGCUGUGCCCUGACUGGGCUUUCUGCGAGUUUCUGCCCUGCCCAGCUGAGGAGGAGCCACGGACGGUGCUGCUGGGCGAGCUCUGGGAGGGACGCGAGUACGGGCUGGUCCUCACAGCCCGGCCCGGAGAGUACAGGUGCUGUGCCGGGGAGGUGCUGAGGGUGGCUGGCUUCCACAAGCAGUGUCCUGUGGUGGAGCCCAUGCGCAGGGAGAGCCAGGUACUGAGUGUGCGGGGCGAGAGCAUCUCCGAGGAACGGUUCUUCCAGAGCUUGUGCCGCGCCGUGGGCAUGUGGCCGGGCGCUCGCCUGGUCGACUACGUCUGUGUGGAGAGCGCCCUGCUGGGCGCCUCCUCGGGGGCCUGCGCCCCCCACUACGAGGUGUUCGUGGAGCUGCGGGGCCUGCGGGACCUGUCGGAGGGGCAGCGCUACAAGCUGGACCAGUGUCUGCAGGAGGAUUUCCCCAUCUAUAAGUCCUUCCGCUUCAAGGGCAGCAUCGGGCCCCUGCGCCUGCACCUGGUGGGGGCCGGGGCCUUCUCCCGGCUGCGGGAGGCGCUGGGCUCCCCCGUCCCCAUGCCCAGGGUCCUGCGGGAGGAGCGGCUGCUGCAGCUCAUCCAGAACACUGUUAUCUCCUAGGGCAGCCCGGGGGUCCUGCAGCCCUCCUGCCCCUGGGGUUCGCUUGGCGUGUGCCCUCAGAGGAGGGAGCGGACCCGAGUCCCUGGCAGGGGGUGUGAGGGCGAAAGUGCCCAGCCCUGGAGGGUUUGGCUGAGUUGAGCGGAUGGAGCCAGCGAGCUCAACCGUUCCCCUGCUCCAUGGUGCUGGCAGAUGCCGGGCACUGGUGGGCACCCCACUUGGUGCUGCCCGCAGGGAUGGAGCAGGACCUGCAGCACACGCCAGCCCUGGGCCCAGCCCCAGGCGGUCACCAGCAAACCUGGCCCUUUGCAGGGCUGUUCUGGGCGCAGGGUGGGACCGCGGGCGCUUGUGAGCGUCGCGGGGCCACCGGCGGCCAUGGCUUGCCCCGCUCUGCUCAGUGCCUUGGCAGUCCCCGCCAGCAGCCACAGCGGUGUGGGUUCCCGUGCCUUUCCUGAGGGACUCCUCAGCCGUCACAGCCCGCAGCUGGUGCAGGGGAGACAGCAAAAACCUCCCUAGGAGCAGGAGGAGCAGUGGAGCCUCAGGCCUGUGUGGGAGCUGGGCUCAUCCCUGUGCUGAGCUCUGAGGCCUUGAGGCAUUUUGUCCCCUGGCAGGGACGCUGUGGGCAGGUACACCGCAGGCAGGGACACCGCAGGCAGGGCACGGGGUGGCCGGUGGUGACAGGUGCCAGCUGCUGUGGAGCAGCCCCUCUGCCAGGCUGCAGUGCACAUCCGCUGGUUUGGGAGACAAUAAGCUCCAGCAAGGGCUGCUUUUAACGUUUUAAAAAACAGAAGCAAAAUAAAAGAGGAUUAUCUCUCAAAAAUAAAGAAAGGGCAUCGCUCUGGGAUUGAUUUUUUUUUUUGUACUAUUAUUUUUAAUCCUCAUUAAAGAGAUUGCUUGAUG